AUGGGGAAAACGCGAGUAGGACAUUUCGGCGCGCGAAAUCUACAGCAGGAAGAGAGGAACGGCGAGUUUUUGGUUUUUGAAUCAAUCAAACUAAAUUCCAUAAUCUACAAACAUCUACAUUAAUAUGGCAGAUCCGAAGGUGAGGGAAACACCAGAAGAGCAGGAGACUUCAACAGACAAUGCAGAAGAAUCAAACCACGAUCCCCAUUAUGAGCCCAUCGUGUCUCUUCCAGAGCAGGAUGUGAAGACACUAGAGGAGGACGAGGAGGAACUGUUCAAAAUGCGGGCGAAGCUCUACCGCUUUGCCUCUGAGAAUGACCCACCAGAGUGGAAGGAGCGCGGCACAGGUGACGUCAAGCUCCUGAAACACAAAGAGAAGGGCACCAUCCGCCUAUUGAUGAGGCGAGACCGGACCUUAAAGAUCUGUGCCAAUCACAACAUUUUCCCUGUGAUGGAGCUGAAGCCCAACGCAGGCAGCGACAGGGCAUGGGUAUGGAACACACUUGCCGACUUCGCUGAUGAGCAUCCCAAACCUGAACUCCUGGCAAUCCGUUUCCUCAAUGCGGAAAAUGCUCAGAAAUUUAAGGUGAAGUUCGAUGAAUGCAAGGAGGAAGUCCGAAAAUCUCAAGACGGAUCAGGAGAAAACGCUGACAGUGCAAACAAAGUGGCAGAGAAACUGGAGGAACUAUCUGUAAAAGACAAGACCAAGACAGAGGAAAAGGAGAAAGUGGCAGCAGAAGAGAAGAAAUGAAACCAAGAACUUGCUUCACUGAUCUUCAACUUGUCAUUUUCUACAAUAGACUCUAAAGAAACUGAAUUUGGACACUUGCAUAUUGAUUGAUUUAGUUUAUUUUUUAUUUUUAUGAUUUGUUUGCCUCGACCUUGGUGCCGCAAAAAAAUUAUCCAUUCAUUAAAAUGUGCCCCUCCCCACC